AAAAAAUGUUAAAUAGUGUUUUAUUGCAGAUUUAGAAUGAGAAAUGACCUGUAAGCCUGCAGAGUAGUGUUAGUCAAAAAUACUUGAAAUAGUUGUGCCUAGCAAAGGUAGCCCUUCAAAUACAGUAUGUCCGGUCUACCAGAAGAUGGUGCCCUAAAACACAUCAGUAAUUUCAAUUUUUAAAAGUUGUGAUCAACUGCAAAUGAGUAUUUUUAAAAACACAUAAGGAAAAAUCACCCAAGUCCAAAUGCACAUUAAUAUCCAAACUUCAUAUUCCAAAAAUCUUGCUUAUACUUAGUUAUCACAACAUAAAUUAACAUACAGAACUGAAACAAGCAAAACAAUGCAAUAUAAAACACAAUACAGCUACUGUGUCAAAGAAAAUAAAAACUUCAGGCUCCCUCCUUCCAAAAUAAAAAACAUUCUUCAGCAUAAUUUUUGUAUGAAUUUCACAAGUUUUUUCCUGUUGUUUCGUUCUUUUUUUUUUUUUCAAUUUGACUUAAAACAGACCAGACAAAAAGAAUAGUCAUUACAUUCCUCACCAAGAAACCAAUCAAUUUUUAAACUGGAAAUCAAAACAGUAAGUCCCCAAGUAAUAAGUCUUAUUUACCUUGUGGACUUGAAGGUAUAAUUUAAUUGUUUUCUUAAUGUUGGAGAGGAGGCAAAUUGCAAAAAAUGAGGUAGCAUCCAAUUCAAUAAGCAAAUCUGUGCAGCAGCUUCAAAUUGUUAAGUAGAUGAAGUGAAACAAAGAACCCCCUCCUGCACUGUGUCAGUAAAACUGCAUCUGGUACAACGUACACUGAAAUGCAAGGCGGUGGGAUUUUUGCUCUUGUCUUCAAUAGGGCUAAAGUAUCACGGGUGAAUUCAUACAUUUGCAGAUUCUCUGCUUUGUUGGUAAUAAACCGUCUGCAACUCUGGGAGACACAAUCCCCAGCAGACCAUCAGGUCUCCCUGCCUGUUGGCUUGGGCAGCGUUUCCUUGAAGGCACUGGCAAUUAGAAGAAACAGGAGUGCACUGCUUGUGAGGCCCAGCCAGCUGAUAUUCACAGAUCAAUAACUCCACCUGGCUUUUUUGCUCCCUUUAAGUCUUAGACAAAGGAGUUUAUUUAGCAGAAGCAGCUGCCUUUCCUUAACAUCUCAUUUACUGAUAUAACUUAAAUUCAGGUGUAAGGAUUACCACACUAAAUUAAGAAACGAAGUUCAGCUUUUAUAAUACUCCGUGACAGCUUUUGUGCUCUUAGUUGCAGAAGUGUGAGUCUUUUUGCAAUAUAUACAUUUUACAGCUGGUUGUUUAAAUUAAGCAAAUGCAUUUAAAAUAAGGUGGAGAGAAAACCCUGUCAGGAUUGUCAAGCUGUAAUUGACCAGUACUUUGGGUUUUCUUAUGUGUAACAGAAUGACGGGGGUACCUAUUACCGCAACAGCAGCCUUAACUCCACACUUUUUGUCUGCACAGCCCGGCACGUACGGUCCUCUAGGAGACAUGCAGCAGUGCUUGAGUGUGCUAUGUGCCACUGCAAACGUAUUUAUUUCACCCAUGUGGGCUACAUCUGUGGCUAUAGUGUGGAUAAAUGUUAUGUUCAUUAUGAAGUACAAUGUACUGGUGAAGAGUGGGUCUGUAGUAGGGCCCCUGCAGCCGGGCUGAGACGGCAGCAUCGUGCAGGGACACUGCCCAGGGCUGCAGCAGGCUAGGCUGGGCCUGGCUUUGAGGAUUUACUUACUGAGCGUAGCCUUUCAACAGUAAAAGUAAGUGAUUUUUAUCAUUUGAUCCACAUUGCUUAUUAAAAAGGGCUGUUUCCUUAGAUUCCUCAGAUUCUCUCGGUCCUGAGUAUGUUUUUCCAAUGAGUUCAUACUCAACGAAGCACGUGUUUUUCUUAAUGACUUACGUACCAAGAGGCUUACCGUAGAAACUCGCUACCUGCUGGCAGCAGCAGCAGUUCAAACUGUGCUGCCUUCAAAGGUGGAGCAAGGGCAGAUUUGUGGCUCGGAAGGACAGAGCUGCAGAAGCACAAGCUCCUGCUGCAGUGUGCACUUCUGACUUCACACAGCAGCAGCUCUGCAGCUGCUACUGCAGCAGAGAUAGUGGCUCAAAAUGCUGCCUUGCAUGAGCACACAGGCAGGGCCUCCCAAUAUGUCCUACCCACUCCAUUAGAUUAAUAGUAAAGUUAUCCGUUCUUGUAUUUUUUUUAAAAAACAAAACAAAACAAAAACUUAAAUUAUUUUUUCUUUACAUGUGCUCUGAUGGCUCAGGUUCCCAGGUUGUCCAUGAGCCUCUCCUAGUUUCUCAUGAAGACAACCUUAUAAAAAUUUGCAGUGAGUAGUUUGAAGUCGUAACAGGACAGAACAUCCUAGUGCAGGCCCCAGGAAGGAUUGAAGAAGGAGCGCUGCACCAGGACACUUGAAGGCAGCAGCCCAUGGGACACCUGCUGCCCUAGACCACCUUUGUGCUGGAGUCACAGGUGGGGUACGUGAGGGCUGAAGUUAAUGGCCAUUUCCCAUGUGCUCUGUGGAAGGAAUCUCUCUUUGUUCUCAGUGGUUACAUGCCCAUGCUCCGUGGCUAACAGCACAGUUUGUGUCUUUACCAGCUUUACCAGAAAGUCCAAAGCUCGAACGGGAUGGCACUUGACGUGCUGCUUUGACCCCGCCGCUUUGACCCCGCUCGGUGCCGUGGCGUGUUCGCUGCCGGCGCUGCGGACCCACGCUGUUAGCUGGAGCAGCGAUGGUGCGCACCAGGACACACAGCUGCAAGAGGCGCUUUCGGCCAUUGACACACCUGCAGACUAAAGGUGAUAUGCAACGUUCCACAAGUAAUAAGCUGCAGGAGCACAUGGUAACAGCUUCUUUAGGAGAUCAGCAAAAAGUGCAACAAAAGAUGUGAACGCAUAUUAGAAAAGAGCACUUGACUCUCAAGACCGGUUGUAUUUGCACACAUGUGUUCACACUGGCAGUCGCCCACAUCUAACAGAUUUGCUUUUCAGGCCUUGGUCUGCAACUUUACAUGGUUUCUUUGAUUUUUUUUUUUUUUUUUGUUCUGCCUGUCCCCCCCUGCACACACAAACAAACAGAUUGCUAAUCAACUGCCCUCCCACAGCUGGGGACAUUUUUGAGUACACAGUUGCUUUUAAUGUUUAAUUAGGUAUGAUAACAGGAUAAAAUGUUCCUGGCCCUGCAGAGUGCCUACAGCUCAAACUUGCAACGUAUUUCUUUCCUGGUGGGGUGCUGGGCACCCAGCUGUGUAAGGGCACCCCUCAGGUACCUACUGCUAGGGCUUCACCAGCAUUUCUGCUAGCGACACAAAUGACUAUCAGGGGUUUGCAGCUUGGUUGCAAAAGAAUUUACCAUAGGCUGUGGUGUGGUACCGAGGGUCUCCGUUCAAUUGCUAUUUCGGGGUGUUGCUUUCUAACAGCCUUUCUCUGCGCAGAGGUAAGGGGCGAGCGGUGCUGGGUCUCGUUUGCUACUGAUUCAACAGCCGAGGCUCUUGCAAAGCUACACAGACAGUAGCAUGCUUUUUUACACACGCAUCAAUUUGUGGCUUGCUUUAGGCCGCGAUAUGUUUAUCAUAUGUCUUUAGCGCUGCCUUUAAAAAAACCCCGAACUAAGUAACUGCAAGUAGUUGUCAGCUGCCGUGCUGCGGCACAGGCCGGUCCGGCGGCUGCUGGCCAGUGCUGGGGGCGUCGCACGUCGCACAGGUGAGCGGCUGGCAGCAGCGGGGCCGCUCCCGCGCCCCCGGCCCGCGCUGCCCCGCCCGCCCCUUCCCGCGGCGGGACGAGGCCGCGGGUCCCGCCGGAAAGUUCCAGUCGGGGGGCGCGAGCGGCGCAGCCCCCCGGAAGGCGGGAACCGCGGGCGGCCGCGCGGCGCCUCCCGCCCUGACAGGCCGCCGGGUGCGCGGCUUCCCGCGGGGCGCUCCCUCAGCCCCCGGCUUCCCGCCCCGCGGCGGCCCGGGGCGCGGUGACAGCCCCGCCGCCUCCCGGUCCGCGGCGAGCGGCGGCACCGCCCGCCAGCCCCGGGCCGGGCUGGGUGAGCGCCGGCCGAGGAGGAGAGCAGGCGGCGCGGAGGGGAAGCCGCCGACCCCGCCGCCAAGCAGCGCCGCGGCCGCCCUCUCCCUGACUGACUCGGUGAAAAUCAUUGUUUGGCUCCGGCAUUAACUACAUUCCAGCGGGACGCAGCGCCCAGUCUCCUUCCUCGCAUUCCUGCCCCACACAAAGGAGUCCCUGCCUCGCCGCGCCCCGCGCUCCGCUCGCCGCGCCGCAAAGCCCCUCCGGGCCGGCCGCCGUCUUCGCCCCCCGCCCGGGGGUGCGGGCCGGGCCGCGGCCCCGCCGCGGGGCGGCCGGCCGGGGGCGGCGGGGGCAGGGAGCCGCCGAGCGCAAAUUCCUCCGCGCAGCGCGCCAUUGACUGGACCGAGCAACUUAUUUAAGGCUGGAAAGUGACACAGGGGCUUCCUCGUCUCUGCUCGCCGCGCUCCGCCGGGGAACCCGGCCGCACCGAGCCGAGCGCCGCGGCGCGGGGAUGCCGCCGAGGUGACUGCCGCCUCGCCCGCUCGCCGCCGAGCAGCCCUCCGGAGAAGGAGCCGCGUCCCGCCGCUGCCCCGCCAGGACCCCGGGAAGGGGCUUUCUUUCGUUUUUUUGGGGGGGGGGUCUGUGUUGUUCCCCCACCACCUUUCAUUCGCUCCGGGCUGCGCUUCCGUAGAGAGUUCGCCGGCCCUCCCCCGCCCCGCGCCGCCGGGCUUCGGCCGAGCAUGGAGAAGUACGAGGAGGACAUGGCACUGAAGGCCACCAAGUUCAUGGAGGAUCUGUCCCUCUACGAGCCCUGCCCAGAGGGUCCUUACGGCCGGGGCGGCCGCCGGGACCUGGCGCUGCACCCCGACCUGGAGGAGACCAAGCGGGUCAUCGCCGCCCACAUGACGGCGGAGCAGCGGGGCCGGAAGAUGAACGGCACCGCCGCGCCGCCGCCGCCCGCCGAAGCCUUCCCCGCCGCCGCCCCCUGCGGCAAAGCCUACCCGCCCGCGGCGCCGGCCGCCCCGCUCCGCGCCGCCAACGGCCGCGCCGCCGCCGAGCCGCCACCGACCGCGGGGCCGCCGUGCUGCGAGGAGGGGCUGUGCACCCGCUCCGAGGUGGCGCUGCCCUGCUACAGCGGCUUCGCCGACAAGGGCAAGCGCUACUCGGCCGAGGGCUACCGCUACGCCGCGGGCAGCGCCUACGAGGGCGGCUACGUGGCCAAGGGCGGCGGGCGGGCGCCCGGCGGCCCGGACGGCAAGUACGGCGCCGCCAGCCCGCGGGCCAGCCUGGCCGCCGCCUCGCCGGGCCCCGGCGCCGAGCACGGCAAGUUCUCCAGCCCGCGCUCCAGCCUGGGCGGCGCGGCCGCGCUGCCCUACGAGAAGUUCUCCAGCCCCCGCUCUAGCCUGGUGGUGCCCGGCCAGGAGAAGUACGGCAGCCCCCGCGCCAGCCUGGUGCAGUACGACGGCGCCGCCCUCAGCCCCCGCUCCAGCUACGCCAGCACGGCCAGCGACACCAGCAAGCACUCCAGUCCCCGCGCCAGCCUCACCAGCUACGACGGCGGCGGCAGCAAGCCCAGCAGCAACCGCACCAGCGGCAUCAGCAUGGGCUACGACCAGCGCCACGCCAGCCCCCGCUCCAGCACCGCCAGCCAGUACUCCUGCACCACCAGCCCCCGCUCUAGCUACUCGGACUCCAGGUACGGCCCGCCGGGCAGCGCCGAGCCGGAGGGGGCGGGCGGCGCCGGGCUCGCCCUGGCCAGCCCCCGCUCCAGCCUCUGCGGCCCCGAGGGCCGCGGCGCGACGGGCGCCGCCGUGGUCAGCCCCCGCUCCAGCAUCUCCAGCCAGAGCUCGCGGAGCUCCCGCGGCUCCAUGAGCGCCUACCCCGAGCUGCAGCUGCCCUCGCCCCGCUCCUCCCUGCUGGGGCCCGGCCUGCAGGAGGACGGCGCCGUGCCCGAGCUGGGGGACAUCUACCACAAGAUCCACGCCCAGUCCCCGCCGCGGCACGACCAGCAGCACCCGGCCGCCGCCCCCGAGGCAGUGCCCCCCUACGCCUACAGCCCGACCAAAGGCUCCGCUUCGGCUCCCAAAUUCAAGCUCCCCUACCAGGUGACGCCGUGCCGGGAGAGCGGCCCCAGCCAGGCGGAGAGGCGGCUGGAGGCGCUAACGCUGGAGCUGGAGAAGGAGCUGGAGAUGCACAUGAAGAAGGAGUACUUCGGUAUUUGUAUAAAAUGUGGAAAAGGUGUGUAUGGAGCGAGCCAGGCUUGCCAAGCAAUGGGUAACCUCUAUCAUACCAACUGCUUCACGUGCUGCUCUUGUGGGAGAAGACUACGAGGAAAAGCAUUCUACAACGUCAAUGGCAAGGUGUACUGUGAAGAAGACUUCCUAUAUUCAGGUUUUCAGCAGACAGCGGACAAGUGCUUUGUUUGUGGACACCUCAUAAUGGAAAUGAUCUUACAGGCCCUCGGAAAGUCAUACCAUCCUGGCUGCUUCCGCUGUGUGGUGUGUAACGAGUGUUUGGAUGGAGUCCCCUUCACUGUAGAUGUGGAGAACAAUAUUUACUGUGUCAAAGACUACCAUACGGUUUUUGCACCAAAAUGCGCUUCCUGUAACCAGCCGAUCCUACCAGCACAGGGCUCCGAGGAGACCAUUCGGGUGGUAUCAAUGGACAAAGACUACCACGUGGAGUGCUAUCACUGUGAGGAUUGUGGCUUGCAGCUCAAUGAUGAGGAAGGCCAUCGUUGUUACCCAUUAGAGGGCCACUUGCUCUGCCACAGCUGUCAUAUCAGGCGCCUUAAUAUUAAACUGCCAUCACAUCCACCUCCGAGCUAUCCAAUGCAUGUCACAGAACUCUGAAAGACAUUUCCAUUACCAAUAAGCCGUUUGAAAGAAAAAGCUAACAAUGACUUUUGUGUUCCUUUAAAGAUGAGAUUCCAGUAAUAACCAUCUAAACCAGCUAUUUAUUUUUUAAAUCAGAGGUGAGGGGUCCUUUUCUGAUUUUGUACAUAUGUCUUCUUUUAUCUAGACAUUUUCACUGAGACAGCAUCUACUUGAACAAAUAAUUCACCACUAAACUGUAACUGUAAAUGGCAGCAUUUCUAAAAACAAUGGUACAAAGGGCUGUUCUGCACUCCGUACUCCCUUUCCUUCAGUGGAGAUUUCACCCAAGUAAGGAGUGUAGAAUUACUUUCCAAAAGUUAGCACCUUAUCAUAUUGCAGCAAGCAUGAUAAGAUAAAUGCUAGCAUUUUAGCUAGUUAUGUUGAAUUCUGGUCUUAGAGAAUACAGUCUCACUUUUUUUAAAACUUAGAUUCCCAGAAGUAGUGAAUAGGAAGCAAACAAGUGUUUUUCAGCAAGGACAGUUUUCAGCAUGGGUUAAACAAUGGCAUUCUGUGAAGAAGUGUCAGGCCAGCUUCCCAUCCUAUAAGGUUCCACAGUCACACAAAGACUAUUUAGAUUGUUAAAGAAAUAUGGUGAACAUCUCAUAAAAACCAGAGCAAUAUAUCCAAAAGAUUGGCAUACGCAGGGUCAUAACAGUUGAAGAAAGUUACAGACCUCUGUAAUUGCUUGCCAUGUACAAAUGUAGUCAUGGUUUCAAAAUGCAUUCGUAUCAACUUGAUGAUUUGGCACUUACUAAAGAAUUCCUCUUUUAAACCUGGUUUUUUUUGUUUAAUAGGGUUAGAAGCCCCUUUCUAUGCAAAGGUACGCUUGUCUUGGACUUCAUUUGUUACCAACUGCUUUACGAUUGUAUGUUGAUAUGUUAUUAAAAAGAAGGACAAAAAAAAAAAAAGAAAAAAAAAAAAGAGGGAGACAGUGGUUUUUGUAUUACCUUUUCAGCUUUGUGUUCUUUUCUAGAUGUUCUUCUGAACUAAUUAUGGUGAUUGUCUUCAUUGGAAAACAAAGUACAGUUUAGGGGAAAUAAUAAUGUAGGGAGUCAGACCAUUGAAACAUUGGCAUUUUAUAACAAGUAUUGGAUGUACAUAGAAUGUACACACUGUCAUGUCUUGCAUAAGCUUUUACAGUAACCUCAGAGCUCUGGGGAAAUAUGUCUUCCAUAUAGGAAGUUAGAUGAAUCUUUUUUAUGGUUUGUUUUCUACCAUGUGUUGAUUUACAUGCAAAUCACAUAUCUGUAUGUUUAAAAAAAAAAUCCUGCAUUCUCAUGAGAAUUGAUGCAGCCUUCCUGAAUUUACAUUUUAAAUAAAUCCAUCAUUGCCGUCUUUAACGGUAUCCAAAAUUACAACAAAAUAAAAUUAUUCUUCUCCAGAGGAAGUGGAAAUACCAGACCAGAUUCUCUGCAUGUGUAGAUUGGGACAUUUCCAUGCCAGUUCUCAACAUGUCAAGAAUCUGAUCAAUCCACUCAGAAAUGAUCCCAUGUUAAAUUCAGCACAUCGAUUGAUUAAAUGACUUGUUUGGCAACACCAUUGGCAUUCAGUUUCUUAGGCUUCAUUGACUUUUUGAAAGCCAUUUGUCUGCUGAAAAGUACAAAGAGCAUCCAAUGGACACCAAUUCCUUAAUGGCAUAAUUAACUCCCUUAACAGAACUUUUUGAUAAUGUGGAGUUUCCUUAUGGGGGAAGGGGGAGCAGGAAGAAUUCCCAUGAACUGUUUUUUUCUCCUGUUAGUAAGGAACAACAGGUAUGUUUCCUGAACUUUUGCCAAACUUCCAUGGGCCUAGAUUAACCUGCCCUACUGAUGCUCCUUGGCAAGUCAGAUGCUUCUUUAAAAAGUAAUUUUCUAAUUAAUAUGUAUCAGUUUAUAAUUGACAUGUUCAAUGCCAUAGCCAUGCUUUGAAGGAAUUACAGUGGAACUAGUGUCCCAUUUCUACAGUGAGGCCUAAGAGGCCUGGCCUGCGAAAGAGAGGACACUGGGUACGUGCAUACUUUUUCUGCAUUUGCAAACAUUACCUCUGUGUCCAUAGUCACCAGCCCAGCCUCAGAAGGAAGCAGAAGUACCUGUGCCUGUUCCCAAACAGUAGAAAAGGGAAAAAAAUGGUCUUAAGUUGGACUGUAUGAGUAGGUCAGUUCCUUAAGUUCCUUACUACAAACAUGGAAGAUACCAGAGCUUCAGGAUAAACUUUUAGUGUCAGCUGCAAUGUAACACUUUUUCCAUUUAAGGAAGCUGCUUUGGACCACAUUUAGCUUUGAAGCAUUUUUACUUGCUUGUCUUUACAAUAUAUAUUAAGGAACUCAAAUUAAGAAAAAAAUAAUUAAAAUAUACAGAGAAGGUUUGGGUCUGUUCCUGUGCGAGCAAGUCAUCCCCUGACAGUACUCACUGUACUGGAAAAAUACUUUGCUCUACUAGUAUAGAAGCAAAACCUUCAAAAUCACAGUGGCCAGAAACAGAGGUGACUUGGUGUUCAGCCCAGGCUGCUACCAGGACCUUCCUUAGCACUUCAGCUCCUUCAGUGGCAAGUUUGAAGUUUCCACUGCAAUGUACUUUUCAAGGGACAGCAUACUACCUAACAUGGACAUACCAUACCUUUUCUUUUUUGAAAACGAUCAUACUGUAGAACAAGAGUAUUUAAUUUCAUUUCACUUGUUAAUUUGUAAGUCUCAUAGUUCUACUCAGUUCCAAUGUGUUAAGUAUCAUGAUAAAAACGUCAAAAGGUAGUAUUUCAAUAUAGAAUAAGCAAUUUGUUUAAAACCAGAAAGCAGCAGUUGUUCCGAUAUUUUCUACAGACAGUUGCAUUCCAUUACUGUACAACAAAGUACAGCUUUGCUUUUCCAGCAUUUAGUAUAAAACCUGGAGCUUGAGUGAAAUUUGCCAAGGUUUGGGGAUUAUUUUUUUUUGUUUGGGUUUCUUCAAUCAAAGAGAAAAACAAGCAAAUCUAAAAUAAUGAUGUGCUAUAUUCUUUAGUGCUAGUGACAGUUUCUGCACAUUUUACCUCCUAUCUGGGGAAUUAUGUAAAGAGAAAAGCGCUUUUUAAUCAUUUUUUUAAGGAAUAACAUUACAUCAGUUCAACACAGAUGUAAACUUCCUAGAGUUUAUUUUAUGAUGUGACUGUUCUUCAGAAGCCUUUGCUGUACUUUCAGAAUAUUUCCAUAAAGUUAAAAUGCUAACAACUUGUUCUCAUUUGCAUCAGAACUACACCUUUCCAUUUCGGUAAGGAAUCUUACAGAGUCCCUACAGCACAAAGCUGUUGUAGGCAAUUCAGAGUCCCUCAUGCACUGGAGGACACAUUCCAAAGAAAGGACCAAAAUAACAAUUUGAAAACAAAACAAAAGAAUGCACUCAGAUAAUUGAGCUUUCAAAGAAGGUUUGUUUGGGUUUCUUUCCUUUUCCUUUCACUCGUGUGUGUAUAUAUUUUGUAAGGUGGAGCUUCAAAAGGAAAACAUGGUUAGAGGAGCUCUUUAAGACCAGAAAUUCCAGAGUAGUAAAGUAAACCAAAGCUCUAAAGGAGACAAAAGCUGCUUUCUUGUGUUUCAAGAAAAGUUUAAAAGUUUGUGAUUCAUCCUGUAACUAAUGCCGUAACUAGAGUAUAUGAUUUGACUUAAAUUAAGUUUUCAUUUGAGAAAUAUUUUCAUUUUCUUUAAAAGAAUAUAGUUUUCUUCCAAGAACUUGGACCAACGUUGAUUUUUAUUUUGUAGGAAAUAUAUAAAUUCCCAGUUUGUAUAUCAUGUAACUACUUUACAUGCUGAAAAUAUACAUUAGUUUAACUAUUUUUGUAUAUAUAUCCUUGUAAAACCUUCCAAUGUACUUCUGUCUUUUAGUCUUUAGAAUUACUUGUGGUUUUGUGUUUCAGUGUUUGAUUCCCUUGAUUGUUGAAGAAAAAAAUUGGGAAAUGUAGAUUUAUUUAUCUAAAGAAGAAGCUACUUGCUAUCAUCCUAAGUUAUUUAAUAUUAAAAAGUCAGAAGUUUCAUUUAACCUUAGAUGCUAUAAUCUGCUUUUUUCAAUAAAGACGUUUUGUAGUUAUCUUUGA